UUCAUUGAGCGCACAUUCGGCCUAACGAUGAAUUUUCGGUUAUACCUAUUGCUAAUACCAUUAAUAUAUGUGGCGAUUGAGUGCAAUGUCGUGGCGGCCGAAGACCUGAUCAAAGAUGAAGCGCAGGCCAUAGCGUAUCUGAAUAGAGUGAAUACCAAUUUAGCCACAGAAAUGAACAAAAACACUGAGGCAGAGUGGAACUACGCCACCGACAUCAGAGAUAGCACCGCUAAGGCCAGGGAAGAAGCGACCAAAGCGUUCAACGCGUUUCAAAAGGAACAGUCAAUUGAAACCAAGAAAUACGACUGGACUAACUUUGAGCCCAAAAACAAGCGACAGUUUGAGAAACUGGCAAUCAUUGGCACCGCAGCCCUCACCGGCGACGACGAGCAAAAUUAUAUAAAAGCGACGAGUAAUAUGGAGACCACGUACAGCACAGCCAAAGUGUGCCUGGGAGAAUGCACCUGCAAUUGCAACCAAGAACUGGACCCUCAUCUAAAUAAAAUAAUGGCCGAAUCAAAGGAUUACGCCCUUUUAGAAGAGGUUUGGACCAAAUGGAGAGAUGUGUCGGGAAAACUCAUGCGAAAGGAUUUCAUUGAAUAUUAUACGUUAGGCAACAAAGCGGCCACUCUUAACAAAUUGCCCAAUAAAGAGUUUAAAACGCUGGACGAUCUGUGGCUCUUCCCGUGGGAAACACCGGAUAUUAAGACACAAACUGAAGACUUGUGGAAAAAAUUGAACCCAUUCUACGAGAAACUUCACGCAUAUGUGAGGAAACAUCUGAAGAAAGCAUAUCCCGACAAAUUGCCCACAGACGGCACUAUACCCGCACAUCUGUUGGGCAAUAUGUGGGCACAACAGUGGAGUAAUAUCAUGAAUACGGUUCCCGGUGUGGAUCCAUAUCCAGACAUUAAAACAAUUGAUGUGACGGAGGAAAUGGUGAAACAGGAAAAAACGGCCAAGGACAUGUUUGAUUUGGCCGACAAAUUCUUCGGCGAUUUAGGUCUCGAGAGAAUGACACAAAAGUUUUGGGAUAAUCACGCCUCCGCCUGGGAUUUCUACACAACGGCUGGCGAUGAUUUCCGGAUCAAACAGUGCACAAACAUCAAUAUGGAGGACCUGAUCACUGUUCACCACGAAAUGGGACACAUCGAGUACUUUAUGCAAUAUAAAAACCAACCGGUCAUUUACAGGGAUGGCGCCAACGCUGGCUUUCACGAAGCGAUAGGUGAUUUGUUGGCACUGUCUGUGUCGACACCAAACCAUUUGAAGAAAAUAGGACUUUUGACAUUAGAUUCGAUAGAUAAGGAUAAAGUGAAUAUCAAAUACCAGCUUAAGAUGGCUUUAGACAAACUCGCAUUCUUGCCGUUCGGCUUCAUUAUGGAUAAGUAUCGAUGGGAUGUCUUCUCCGGCACCACAUCUUCCGACCACCUGAACAAACACUGGUGGGAACUGAGAGGUAAAUACCAGGGACUGUCGCCACCCGUCAAACGUAGCGAAGAUGACUUUGACCCUGGUGCUAAAUACCACAUUCCCGCUAGUGUUGAAUACAUUAGAUACUUUGUCUCGCAUUUACUGCAGUUUCAGUUUCACAAAGCGUUGUGCAGUUUCAGCCAAAAGGAUGUCCCACUCUAUGAGUGCGAUAUCGAUGGCGACAGAGAGGCCGGCGCUAAAUUGAAAGCAAUGUUAGAAUUGGGCUCAUCCAAGCCAUGGCCAGAACAGCUCAAACUCCUGACCGGAAGCGAAACGAUGGACGUCCAGCCAUUGCUUGAUUAUUUCCAGCCGUUGAGCACAUUCCUUGACCAGCAAUUGGUCGGUGAACCAAAAGGGUGGGAAUUCAAGGUUGACGAUUACGUCGGCGGCGCCCACACAGUGAUCACUUCACUAACACUUAUUCUUACCACAAAAGCGGCACAAAACGAGUUGAUAAGCGACGAGAAGGCGGGCGCCGAAUAUCUGGCAUCACUGGAGUCCAAAAUCACGGGUUGGGGUAAUAAGGCGUCGAUCAUUAAUUGGGCCCACGAUUCAGACAUCAAUGAAAAGACAUUAGCGGCUAAGACAAAAAUGGCCAAAGAAUUCAACGCAUACCAAAAACAACAGGCCAUCGACACAAAGAAGUACGACUGGUCUAACUUUUUACCACAUAAUAAGAGACAGUUUGAAAAGUUGGCGAUUAUUGGCACCUCUGCUCUCGACACUGAAGAUGAGAAAAAGAUGAUUAAAAUCGGCACUAAUAUGGAAAAGGCUUACAGCACUGGCAGAGUGUGUGUUAAAGAGAACUGUAUGCUAGAAUUGGAUCCAGAUCUAUAUAAAAUAAUGGCCGAUUCGAAGGACUAUGAUGAAUUAUUGGAGACGUGGGUUAACUGGAGGAACGCCACGGGCAAGAAAAUGCGCAAAGACUACAUCAGUUACGUUGGUUUUGUCAAUAAGGCGGCCAAACUCAAUGAAUUACCCAAUAGAAAGUUUGAAACAUUUGACGAUCUGUGGCUCUUCUCGUGGGAAACGCCGGACAUUAAGAACCAAACGGAGAGUCUAUUGAAUGAAUUGAUGCCUUUCUAUCGCAAACUUCACGCAUAUGUGAGGAAACAUCUGAAGAAAGCAUAUCCCGGAAAAAUACCUAAAGACGGGACAAUACCGGCCCAUAUAUUGGGCAAUAUGUGGGCACAACAGUGGAGUAAUACCAUGAAAACCGUUCCCGGAGUGGAUCCAUAUCCGAAAAUCGCUACCAUUGAUGUUACAAAAGAAUUAUUAAAACAGAACUAUACGGCUAAACGUAUGUUUGAAAUGGGAGACAAAUUCUUCCAGGAUUUGGGUCUUCAGAAAUUAACGGAUAAGUUCUGGGAAAUGUCUAUUUUGGAGAAGAUUCCCAAUAAAGAGAUGGUCUGUCACGCCUCUGCCUGGGAUUUUAGCUCCGAAGCUAAGGAUGAUUACCGGAUUAAAAUGUGCACAAAUAUCAACAUGGUCGAUUUUAUCACAAUACACCACGAGUUGGGACACAUCCAGUAUUACAUGCAAUACGCCGACAAACCGGCGUCCUUUCGGGAAGGCGCUAAUCCGGGCUUUCACGAGGCUAUCGGCGAUCUGUUGGCUCUGUCGGUGUCGACACCGAAACACUUGCAAAAAGUGAAACUAUUGAAAAUCGAUGAAUCGGUAGAUCUCAAGAAAAUCACCAUAAAAUACCAGAUGAAGAUGGCGUUGGAUAAGCUGGCGGUGUUACCAUGGGCUUUUCUCGUCGACAAGUGGCGGUGGGAUGUGAUGUCGGGUGAGGCCAACAUCAAUCAUAUCAACAAACGGUGGUGGGAAUUGAGGGGCAAAUAUCAGGGCGUAUCGCCGCCCGUCAAGCGCAGCGAAAGCGAUCUCGAUCCCGGCGCUAAAUAUCAUAUACCCUUUUGCGUUGAGUAUAUCAGAUAUUUUGUGUCACAUGUACUGCAGUUUCAGUUUCACAAAGCGUUGUGUAGUUUCAGCCAAAAGGAUGUCCCGCUCUAUGAGUGCGAUAUCGAUGGCGACAAAGAGGCCGGCGAUAAGUUGAAAAAUAUGUUAACAUAUGGUUCGUCGGAGUUAUGGCCACUACAGCUCAAACAGAUGACCGGCACCGAGAAGAUGGACGUUCAGCCGCUGCUCGAGUACUUCCAACCAUUGCAAGAGUUUUUGGACAAUGAGUUAAAGGGAGAGAAAAUUGGAUGGGAUUUCAAUGUUGAAGACUAUUUCGAUAAUUCUCUCACAUUUUUCAACACUUUGGAUACUAAUAAGAAGCGGAAAUCGGCACACGUUUGACACCCAUUAGAUCUGUCCACCAAUUAAUAC